CCGCCUGUCACCGCCGGGGAGCGUCGCCAAAGUCCGCCGCCGCCUGCACCACCCGCUGUCACCUCCAGGGAGCGUCGCUAAAUGCGCCGCUGCACCCCGUUGCCUGUCACCGUUCUCUGUCCUCAGCCACCGGGGUCAAGCAGCUGGGCCGGCCGCGGCGGUUGGGAUUCGGAGAGUGGGGUCGCGGCCGUGAGGGGUAACCAUCGCGCUGUUGGGGUGCAGAACUUCCUGGAGGAGGCCGCCAAGCGCCUGAACUCCGUUGAGCCCAUCAGGUUUACUAUCUCCAGCCGCACUGAUGCCGGAGUGCAUGCCCUGAGCAACGCGGCGCACCUGGACAUCUGUCGCCGCUCAGGCCUGCCGCCUUAUUCCCCGGAGGUCGUGACCCAGGCCCUCAAUACCCACCUGAAGCACCGCGACAUUCGAGUACUGAAGGCCUUCCGAGUGCCCAAUGACUUCCAUGCUCGCCGUGCAGCCACCUCCAGAACCUACCUAUACCGUCUGGCCACAGGCUGCUCCUGGCCUGAUCAGCUGCCUGUGUUUGAGCAGAAUGUAUGCUGGGCUCUCCAGACGAAGUGCCUGGAUGUGGCUGCCAUGCAGGAGGCUGCCCAGCACCUCGUCGGGACACAUGAUUUCAGUGCUUUCCAGUCUGCCGGCAGCCCAACCACAAAUCCCGUGCGCACACUACGAAGAGUCUCUGUGUCUUCUGGUCCAGCCAGCCUAUUUACCCUCCCCCAGGAGAGCAGGAAGCUGCAGUUCUGGACGCUGGAGUUUGAAAGCCAGUCUUUCCUGUAUCGACAGGUACGGAGGAUGACAGCUGUGCUGGUGGCUGUGGGGCAAGGGACUCUGACACCUACACAGGUGAAAGCCAUUCUGGAGAGUCAAGAUCCCUUGGGCAAGUAUCAGACUCGAGUUGCCCCAGCCCGUGGCUUGUUCUUGAAGUCAGUGCUAUAUGAUGAUUUCGGUAAGAGGGGAUGGGAUAGGAAAGACCUGGGUCCUCACUGAGGGCAAGGGGCCUUUUAGAGGCAGUCAGACCCCCCCACCACCACCACCAUACUUGAUGAGAAUCCAAGCACCUAGUGGGGAAAUCAGUGACAGUGGAAGAAAGGACUUCAGUUGGGGACCAGUGACCAACAAGCGUGGUGGCCUGGGUUGAGUGGUCCACAGGUGGGGUCUCUGUAGGAGUUCUGCUCUGACCGAGGGUCUAUCUAUAGGUCCUACAUCCUGAGCCCUGUAAGGUCCAAUGUGGAAACGAGCUGACUGUACCGUCAGUGGAGGUGAAGAGCCACACAGCAGA